AGAAAUACUCAGUAUGUCAUCCUCUAAUUAAUUUCUAUCCGAUUCGGCUUAAUAUCUCUGUAUCCAAUUCGAUUUCAAAAUCAGCAUCGACAGCAAUUUUAAAAUGCCACGAUUCACCUUCUCCGACUAAAAAUCUAAAGCCGAUCAAAUCUCAUGGCAAUUUAAUUUCGAAUCACGUGUAGGGAAUUAUUUUCGAGCGAAAUCUAAUUAGACUCUCGGCUGAAUUAAUUGCUCAAUCGUCCGUUCGCCGAAAUCUAUUUCGCUUUGUUCUGUGUACAAACGGAAUCCGCAGGAACAUUUUUAUUCCGGAAAAUAAUUUAACGCAGCCCGAUUUCGUGUUUGGGCCAGCCCAACCCAGCCCAAUUGGGCCCAAUUCAAAACCCUAACCCUAGGGCUGCUCCUAUAAAUAGGGGUGCUCACUUGGCAAAUUUGCACUCCCACCCUCCAUUUUUUUCCUAGCCGCCAUUUCUUCUCUCCCUGUUUUCUUCCACGCACAGCGAGCAGAGCGCAGGGAGCUCGGCUCCCUUCCUCCCAUGGCCGCCCAGCUUCCCUCCGGUGUUGGCUGUCCAGCAGAUGUCGAGCACCUCCCUCUGCCCCCUGUGCUUGGCGCUCCUUCCCUCGGCUCCCUGUUUCCCUGUCUCCAUGGCGCCCAGUCGCAUGCACGGUCGAGCUCCAGCUUCAGCCAGCCAGGGCGCGGUGGCCCCUGUCCCUGCUCCUUCUUCCUCCUCACGCCGGGCUCCUCCUCCUCGCCAUGGUGCUCGGCACCCCCCCCACAACAGCAGAUCACCGACGCCCUCUCUCCCAUGGUGGCCUCCCUUGUGAUAUCUCCCCCUGCAGGGCGCGGGGAGCCUCCCUGCUCGGCCACACUGUCGGCUGGCCAUGGCGCCCCCCCUGCAAUCUUCCCCACGCUAUCUUCCUCCUUCCCCGUUGCUGUCUGCACCAACGCUCGCCCUCCCAUGGAAACCAGCAGCCAUGGCGUCCCCCUUCCCGAGCUUCCUUGCCGAGCAGCGCGGCCCUUCCGUGGAUGAAGCCCGGUGCCCCUUCCAACUUCUCCACUGCAGCAGGCACGCCGACGCCUCCCAGCUCCCUCCCUGGAUCCAUGGCGUCCAAGCCCCUGUGCCCUCUCUCCCAUGGCGUGAGGCCCCUACUCCCAUCUCUCUACCAGCGCCCAGCCAUGGUGGUCGCCGACCUCCCUGCUCCCUGCUGUUGCUCGCCUUGCUUGGAUGAGAAGCAGCCGAGCGACCUCCCUGUCCAUGGCCACAAAUCCUUGCGCCCUUCUCUGCGCAGCGCCCCUGCUGUGUUUCUUCCGGCGAGCUCCCUGCUCUCGGCCACUGGCAGCCAUGGCGCCCAAAAAAAAAAAAAUCCCACAGCCGAACUCCCCCAGCCGAGCCCCAAGCAGCGCCCCUCCCUGCUCCAUUUUUUUUCUUUCCUUUUGCUCUCGGCCACUGGCAGCCAUAGCGCUCGCCUUUGCUCCCUGCGCGGCACGCUCUGCUCGCCAUGGCUGGGGAUCCGCGGUCGAGCCUCUCCCAUCCAUGGGGCAGCGGCUCCUCCCUCGGCACCUCCCCUUGAGCAGCAACCGCGACAACUUCGCGCUUUGGCGGCUCCCUGUUUUUGCGCAGUCCAGUGGACAGCACCACCCCUCCCUCCACUUUGGCUAAAGCAUGCCCGACCCUAUACAGCGCAGCUCCUCGCAGCCGAGAUUUCCCCCACAACCCCGCAACAUUGGCGCUUCACGGGUGUUCGAUGUAAUGCCCGAGUGAAGCUCUAUGUCAUGAACGGCAGUGAAGUCACUGUCACCGUGACCUCGCCUUUGUGCGUGGCUCGCAUUGCUCCGCGUCGUCGUCGAGUCUCCUUGCAAGCUUGCGGUUUAACCAAAACCUUGUUUGCGUGCGAGUGGAGAACCUCGAUGAAGACCGAGAGAUGAUGAUCGAGCAGUGAUGUGGUGCCACCCACAAGAUGCAGUUGGUGGACGACCUGAAGAAUGAUGGACAUGAUCAGUAGAUGCUCGCCAUGCGAGUACCUCCCCCAGCAAACACUCUCUACGUGUUAAAUUAAAGGCAAGCCCCGGUUUUAUGCAUAACCGUUAUAUAUGCUAUUUUACUGCAUUAAUGUUUGUAGGCUUGUACUGUGCACUUAAGUGUAGGAGUUGGCUGAAACCCUAGUUGCAUGAACUCAGGAUUCCUUUUGAGAUGGAUACUAGUAUGCUAGGUCGAGUAGCUGCUUUGCUAAUUAGGGAUCUCGGUAGAAGUCGAGUGAUUUUUCUAGCACUCGCGCGAGGUCAGGAAUUGGUUGUAUCCACUUUGAUAACAGAAUGGUAACGGUCUGUGGACACGGGUCCAUGGGGACGCGUGGUCUACGAGAUGAAAAUUGGAAUAAGGAUUAACGUGCGGAUACCUGUGUCAAGCGUUUGAACGUACUAAACACAUGCCGAGAAAUAUGGUAAAUCGGCAAGCCUAGUACCUGAUUGAACCUGGCAGUGGACUUUACCCCUCACGCGACCUGAGACGUGGUCUCCCAUUCCGGUUAUGGUGGGUACAAGUGCGGUCACUGCACGACGGCAGUCGGGGUCAGUGAGGCAUUGUACGCCAAGGCGGUGAGCCCUGAUCUGCUGACGGGGAAUCGAUGGGGACGGUUGAUGUGUGUGGGGACGGAGUGCCCCUGCAUGUCGUGUGUUUAGGUUUACCUUGCAAGGUUUAAAAACUCGAUUCGAAUCGUCUGCUUCUCGCAGCUAAUGAGACUGCUUGAUCCAUUGUACUGCAUUGAGUAAUAAGUGGAAAUGAGUUGACUGGCAAAAGAUGUUGAUUGUUAAAAAUGUUUGAUACCAUGUAUGAGUAGCUAGGUACUCAUCUAGUUUAAAAAGGAGCAUACUAAAACUUGAAAAGCUAAAACUUGAUUUUAGACUCAGCUAGUGCUUUUGGCAAACCAAACCCCUCAGCCAAACAGCUGCAUGUCUAGAGGUAGAGGAGUAGACUCCUCACACCGGGUAAGUCUAGCUGAGUAUUAGUAUACUCAGCCUUGCUUGUGGCACAAUUUUUGCAGGUACUCCUUAGGAUGAUUUGUUGCUGGUGUGACUUGGCCUUCAUCCCUGCCACCGGGAUAGAUGGUCGAGAGGGUUAUUGCUUCCGCAGGAGAGGACCAGGAGGAGUAGCGUGGCCAGGCUUCGCCAUGUUACUCGGUUUUCUUCGUUAGUUAUUUCCGCUGCAUUAAAAUUUAUGGUUAUUAUUUCUGAAACUCCGAUAAUGUAAUUACUAAUGAUAUUUAUUAAAUUUGUGGUAUUAUGUUUUAUUGUAUUUCUCUGUGCCUCACCUUCGUGUGAGCUAGUGGUAUUCGAUCCUGGUAAGUGGCUUUAUCGGACUAGAUCCGAGGGACUGACGGGUUAUUCCUGUUUAAGUGUGUUGCUGCCCUUAAGGGUGCGACUUGGGCACUUAAGCUGGAAUAAUUCGGGCGGUUCCGCCACAGCUGGUAUCGGAGCGAAUACCAUCACAGAGAAGUCAAUAAGUCAUGAUUACCAACCUUUUCUAAAGUAAAACUUGCUUAGAAACCAAAGUUGGAUAGAUAUCAGGACGAUAAGGAUAGACCUAGGACGUGAAGCCUUAGGAAUAGAUGGGUAGCUAGGUGGCUAUUUAUAUAGGCCAUAAAGGCUACUAAUACUAUUAAUAGGGAUGCUAUAGCAGCACCCGAAGACUUAGUUAGGUCUGAGAAGACGACUAGAAUGAGCAUGCAUCCUGAUUGUCGCAUUAUAAUUGUCUCUUGCGCAUCAACAUGCUUCUCUCACUUUUAUUCCAAUAAUAAAACUUGUGAAUAAUGUGAUGUACUGUUAUGUUAGAAAUGUCGUACCUCAUGUCAGAUUGGUAAGUCUUGUUAGGUUGUGUUAUGUGUUUCUCUUGCCUUGCUAUCUAGGUGGUAUUGAAAUUGUUCAACCCUUUUGGCAAAAAAAAUGUGUUGUUUGUUUCCUCAUAAAAAUACACCCCCACUUUAAACAACCUAGUGGUUAGCAAGUGAAACCCUUAAAAAAAUCAAAUCACAUGCUUGUGUUGGUGUUUUCUAGCCCUUGUGUGUUGCACUAUUGAUAAUGCACCCGCACAACCUAUAGAUGCCCAUAGCUUGACCGCUAGACCAGCCAAGUCUCCUUGUGCACUUGUGUCGAAAAAAAUAUAAUUGUUGUUGUUGUCUAGUUGCGUAAACCCUAUCAAGGCCAUGUUUCUUUUCAUAAAUCCUUGCCCCUAAAACUUCAUAGCAUUCCUGUUGAUCAUCUAGCUGAUCCUAUUUGCCUACCUCUCCUUUCGCUUGGAUCUGGUAAUCUUUCUCCUUGUGAAUCAUGUUUGCUUUAUCGUCCGAAUCUCGGGAUCCCCAAUUGAUUCUGCCCCGUUAUCUGGUUAUCUGCUAUAACCCGUUCUCAAGUAUCGGAUGUUGAUCUGCCUAAAUCUCUCAUUUCUGGUCAUUCUCAUACCCCCUUUCUCCGAGGAUCAUGACACUUGUUUUAGCAACUAUAUCUCUAAACAGUGUAUCCAUUCGGUUCAAUGGAUUUUGCUUUUGUCUUUAAUUCUCUCAUGUCUCUAAAAGCUUAUCAAUCUCGAUCUCAUGGUUGGUUUUCCUCAUAUUCACUCUCGUAUAAAUCUCUGACCUGAUAAUCUCCAUAUUAAUCAUAAAAUAAUUCUCUGAGUUGAAGAAAAUUCUUAUGUGAUGCUCUUUUGCUAGCAAUCUCUGCUUCAACUCUGAUCACAUUCUUAUUUUUUUUGGGCCAUACUCUCACGGGCUCCGUCUAUCUGUGCUAUGUGGAUUUCUCCUUGGUUGCGUUUGGUAAUGGUGUUAUGACUAACGACCGAUGGUGCCGCGACGACACCGAGAGCCUACCAUGGUGCACACAUGGUUGAGAUGCUCGGCACGCGCUGGUAUCGCGGUUAAUAGUCGUAAUCCAUUACGAGACUACACCGAUGUGCUAUCUUUUAUGGACACUCUCAGAAUGAUCGUUGCAUUUUGUCUUGAUAUGUCGCGAUAUUCUAACCAAAUCUGUCUUCAGUAUCUUGUCAGAUACCCUCUCAUGAAUUUGCAUCUAUCUUUAGUCUGGGAGUUACAUGCUUCUCCACCCUUAAAUAUCCUCAUUCGAAUCUCGGGACGAGAUUCUUUUAAGGGGGGAAGGCUGUGACACCCCAGGUGUCAAUUUCGCGUUAUGUCGGGAGAUUUAUCCUAAUCUCUGAUGCUUAGUGAAAAUUUCUAUUUCUCGCUCGCGUAUGUCUCUGAUUAUCUAGAUUAUUUUAUCCACAUUUCACCAAGUUCGGAAUUAUUCCAUCUCAAGAACAGCCAAAUUUGGAGCGUGUUAAAAACUUUUAAUUCUCGGAACUCAUGCAGCCUCGAAGAUCAUUCUCGAAUUUUAAAUCUCAUCUGAAGCUCUUUAAAUCAAACUCUCGGCGACUAUUAUCUGAUCUGAGCCCGAAUCCAAUUCCUCGAACUUCGAUCGAUGUUUGACUAUUUUAAUUCGAAUCCGUACUCUCAAAAGAAAUACUCAGUAUGUCAUCCUCUAAUUAAUUUCUAUCCGAUUCGGCUUAAUAUCUCUGUAUCCAAUUCGAUUUCAAAAUCAGCAUCGACAGCAAUUUUAAAAUGCCACGAUUCACCUUCUCCGACUAAAAAUCUAAAGCCGAUCAAAUCUCAUGGCAAUUUAAUUUCGAAUCACGUGUAGGGAAUUAUUUUCGAGCGAAAUCUAAUUAGACUCUCGGCUGAAUUAAUUGCUCAAUCGUCCGUUCGCCGAAAUCUAUUUCGCUUUGUUCUGUGUACAAACGGAAUCCGCAGGAACAUUUUUAUUCCGGAAAAUAAUUUAACGCAGCCCGAUUUCGUGUUUGGGCCAGCCCAACCCAGCCCAAUUGGGCCCAAUUCAAAACCCUAACCCUAGGGCUGCUCCUAUAAAUAGGGGUGCUCACUUGGCAAAUUUGCACUCCCACCCUCCAUUUUUUCCUAGCCGCCAUUUCUUCUCUCCCUGUUUUCUUCCACGCACAGCGAGCAGAGUGCAGGGAGCUCGGCUCCCUUCCUCCCAUGGCCGCCCAGCUUCCCUCCGGUGUUGGCUGUCCAGCAGAUGUCGAGCACCUCCCUCUGCCCCCUGUGCUUGGCGCUCCUUCCCUCGGCUCCCUGUUUCCCUGUCUCCAUGGCGCCCAGUCGCAUGCACGGUCGAGCUCCAGCUUCAGCCAGCCAGGGCGCGGUGGCCCCUGUCCCGGCUCCUUCUUCCUCCUCACGCCGGGCUCCUCCUCCUCGCCAUGGUGCUCGGCACCCCCCCACAACAGCAGAUCACCGACGCCCUCUCUCCCAUGGUGGCCUCCCUUGUGAUAUCUCCCCCUGCAGGGCGCGGGGAGCCUCCCUGCUCGGCCACACUGUCGGCUGGCCAUGGCGCCCCCCUGCAAUCUUCCCCACGCUAUCUUCCUCCUUCCCCGUUGCUGUCUGCACCAACGCUCGCCCUCCCAUGGAAACCAGCAGCCAUGGCGUCCCCCUUCCCGAGCUUCCUUGCCGAGCAGCGCGGCCCUUCCGUGGAUGAAGCCCGGUGCCCCUUCCAACUUCUCCACUGCAGCAGGCACGCCGACGCCUCCCAGCUCCCUCCCUGGAUCCAUGGCGUCCAAGCCCCUGUGCCCUCUCUCCCAUGGCGUGAGGCCCCUACUCCCAUCUCUCUACCAGCGCCCAGCCAUGGUGGUCGCCGACCUCCCUGCUCCCUGCUGUUGCUCGCCUUGCUUGGAUGAGAAGCAGCCGAGCGACCUCCCUGUCCAUGGCCACAAAUCCUUGCGCCCUUCUCUGCGCAGCGCCCCUGCUGUGUUUCUUCCGGCGAGCUCCCUGCUCUCGGCCACUGGCAGCCAUGGCGCCCAAAAAAAAAAAAUCCCACAGCCGAACUCCCCCAGCCGAGCCCCAAGCAGCGCCCCUCCCUGCUCCAUUUUUUUCUUUCCUUUUGCUCUCGGCCACUGGCAGCCAUAGCGCUCGCCUUUGCUCCCUGUGCGGCACGCUCUGCUCGCCAUGGCUGGGGAUCCGCGGUCGAGCCUCUCCCAUCCAUGGGGCAGCGGCUCCUCCCUCGGCACCUCCCCUUGAGCAGCAACCGCGACAACUUCGCGCUUUGGCGGCUCCCUGUUUUUGCGCAGUCCAGUGGACAGCACCACCCCUCCCUCCACUUUGGCUAAAGCAUGCCCGACCCUAUACAGCGCAGCUCCUCGCAGCCGAGAUUUCCCCCACAACCCCGCAACAUUGGCGCUUCACGGGUGUUCGAUGUAAUGCCCGAGUGAAGCUCUAUGUCAUGAACGGCAGUGAAGUCACUGUCACCGUGACCUCGCCUUUGUGCGUGGCUCGCAUUGCUCCGCGUCGUCGUCGAGUCUCCUUGCAAGCUUGCGGUUUAACCAAAACCUUGUUUGCGUGCGAGUGGAGAACCUCGAUGAAGUAAGUAAUGAAGAGUAAGCUGUCCCUUUUAAUGUCCAACUAAUGUUAGGCGAUAUCUUGUAAUGCGUUGAAUGUUGGUAAAGUCUAUUAUUCAUAUGUAGUGCCGUGAACGCGUGUGCGAAUCAGGGAAAUAACUGAGUUAUGUUGAUUGGACGUGAUGUGUAAAUUUAAAAAUGGUAGGUUUGUGUGUAGGGUGUACUAUUGCACAUGUAUGUCGAUGUAUUGUAAUAGUGAUUGCGUUAGAGUCAUUGAAGUAUUUUGAAUGCAUGCCAAAUAUGGUUGCAUUCGAAAUAGGGGAAGAGUCAUGUUGUGCGAUGAAAAGGCUAGAUUGAUUUUAUAGGUUGUACGAAAGUCGUUCUAUUAAGUGUAUACGUCGAGUGUGUUAAAAAGAUCCUAUGUAGGCAGAAUGUAGUGUAGUGGUUAGGCGAAGAGUUUUAUAAUAAACAAGUGUGAGGCGUGCAAUUAAGUCGAGAUUGAAGUGCAAAUCCUAUGCAAUGUGAUGGGAUUCGUGAUUAUGUAGGAGUUAUAAUUGUUGAUGUGACGAGUAGUUUAGAAAAUGCUCGUUUGCGUAGAGGAUGUAUCGUUGAGACAUGAGUGCCGAAGUUCAUUUAUAUUAGUGGUCGCGCCACAUUGAUUGAAGUGUCCCGAGUGCACGCCAUAAUAUGGUUGUAUGCGAGACAUAGUAAAAUAAGGGGUGCUCGAUGGGGAUGAUCAGUCGUUGUAGGUGGAAAUCGCCUUGAUUGAUUAGAGAGGUGGUGACAUGCCGAAGUAGUCAUCGCUUCCUCUAUGUUAUAUGUCGAGUCAAAAUGCGGGGUACUAGUAGUACGCUAGGCAGGCGGUGUUCCAAAUAGAUAAAUCGGGUGAUGUGGUAGUUGUCAAGCGUGAUAGAGGUUGAGUCACUUAGGUUAUACAUUGAUGCUCGACAUGUGAGGUCUCCUAAAAUAUGGUGUUUUAAGUGACUGGUGCGUUGUCCAGUUUAAGUUGAGAAAGUGGUUAAGGAAAACUAAUUAACCUGCUCCCACCUAAGUUUUUGAGUUGCGAAGUCUAGAAUACUUUGCUAAGUGUUAUACUGGUUAACCAACUUGUUAGAUGACUUUAGUUAAGCUCGUAGUCACGAUGAAUUGUGUAUUGUAGUCUAUAUGCGUAUGGUUAUGGUCACGGAUGAGAAGUAGUAGUGCUCAGGUGAGGUCUAAAUUAAAAUGCAAACUAUUGGUGAAAAGCGCUUCGAUAUUGAUUGUUAUAGAUAAUGCAUUGUUAAUUGAGUAUGGUACUUUUAGUGCGCAAAAUAACUUAUAUAAAAAUUAGUAAGUCUACAUGUUAGUUCUCACUUAGUUAUUUUAACUCUAACAAUUGUCAAAGUGUUAGAAUGAUUUAAGUCUCUAGAACCUGACAAUUCUUGAAUUGUAUAGGAGCUGAAAUUUAUUAAUUUCUGUUUUGGGCUGCACGUACUGUUUUCAGUGUGCUGUAUGUUUGAUGAACUAAAUUGUGUUUUCUGUAGAUAUGUGCUAUAGAAAAGUGGUAGAUAACUUUAUUAUCUUGCUGGUGUUAAAAUUUGACAGGCAUAAGUCUGAUCGUUUAGGAAUUAUGAUUUUUGCAAAUUCAGUAACUAAAUCUGUCCAAAUUCUGUACAGAUUUCAGAAACUGCAUUGUUUGCCUAAUUUAAUUUUACAAUCUGUCCAUGGCCAUUAUAAGAAAGUUGUAGAUGCUUUUCUGAUCUUGCUUGUGUUAAAAUUUCAUAAACACAGGCCUGAUAGUUUAAGAGUUAUGAAUUUUUCAAACUGAUUGCUGUGUUCUGUCCUCUAUCAGAACAGAUUUCAAAAACUGUAAUGUUUGAUUUGAAUAAACCUGGAAUCCCUUUUUGGUGAUUAUAAAAGUUAUGUAGUGCUUUUGCCAAGCUUUCCAAAAAGUCUUGGAUCACUAUUUUUGGUGGUCUGAAGAUUUAGUUACAUGCGUUUUAAGUGUGAAGACUGAAUCUGUCCAGUUUUGGACAGCACAGCCUUCAUAGUAUGUUUUACCCUUGAUACAUGCCAAACCAGCCAGAGAUGUUUAUAAAUAAUUUGUAGAACAUUUAAUUAGCUUUCCAGAAAGUCCAGGAUCACUUUGUUUGGAUGCCUGAAUCUUCAGUUGUGAAUUUAUGAAGUUGCAAGUCAGAAUCUGUCCAAAUCUGGACAGUGCUGCUGUAAUUGCACUUUUUGACCUUGCUAACAGCUGAAUCCUGUGGAGGUAAAAAUACCAAAGUUGUAGUUCACUUUGUAAGCUUUCCAGAAAGUCCUAGUUUGCUAGUUUUGGAUUAAUAUUUGAAAAGUUAUGAUUAAAACAAACAACUGCUGUAUUGCUGUCCUAAAAUUCUGCUAGUGCUCAUUUGAUUGUUAGUUCACCCGUUUGGCUAAAAAUGUUUGGUUUGCUCUUAAGUAAUGUAGACUUGUCAUGGUUAAGCUAGAGAUGACAUGUGUGUCUUGUUUUAUAUGUUUCUUCUCUAGUUGAUUGUGAUAUAGGAGUUUCCAUAGACAUUGAUGCCUAUGUCCUCUAGUGAACUUGUGUGCUCGAUGAUGCUUUUGCGCGAUCAAUAGGAAAACUAAUAAAAAGCCGUGUCCAAAUAAAUAAAAUGCGCGUA